UGAUUGUUGCACACAAUCCUCUUCACAGGAGAAGACGAAGCAAAGACCUGCCUCUUUACAUGAGGAUUGUUCUUCUGGGCUCCAGCGUGUCUGAAAACAGUAGAGUAGGAAACUUCAUCUUAGGACGAGCAGCGUUUGACAGUGAAGCUGCUCCAGAUGUUGUAGAAAGAGUCGGAGGAAGACUGAAGGACAGACACCUGAUGAUCAUCAACAGUCCUCAGCUGCUCCAGACGAACAUCUCAGAUCAUCAGAUCACACAGACAGUGAGAGAGUGUAUGUUUCUGUCUGAUCCAGGACCUCAUGUGAUCCUUCUGCUCCUCAAACAUGAGCAGUGUUCAGCAGAAGAUCAGGAGCGUGUGGAGAAGGUGCUGGGAUCUUUCUCUGAGCAGGUUUAUCAACACACCAUGGUGCUCAGCACACAAGAGACCACAGAAACCAGUGACGUCCUACAGAACAUCAUUCAGAAGUGUGCAAACAGACACUUCAGUCUUCAGAGAAGCAGCUCUCCUGAGGAUCUUCUGCUGAUGUUUGAGGAGAUUGUGAAGAUGAAUGAUGGACAUCACCUGGAGUGUGCUGAAGCUGCACAGUGUUUCACCAUGAAACAACAGAUCACAGAGAGACGUGAGUGUGAGGAUAUUUGAAGUUUCAGAGGCUGUGAAGCUGAAUCUGGUCAUGUGUGGGAGCGACGGGAUUUUAAAAUCCUCUGAAUCAGAGCAGAUCCUGCAGCAGACCGACAGAAGAUCAGACGUGGAGCUUCAUGGUCGGAUCAGUGUGAUAGAGCUUCCAGCUCUGACUCGUCUCUCAGAAGAGGAAGUGAUGCGUCAGACUCUCAGCUGUGUGUCUCUCUGUCAUCCUGGAGUUCAUGCUUUCCUCCUCAUUGUCCCUGAUGCUCCACUCAAUCAUGAA